AUGAGUCGAACCGGGUUUGGCCUCGCACGGCCAUCAAGCGAGCCGCUGGCCAAACGAGACAAGAUUGACUUGGGACAGGUGGAUGAAAAACUGGCCAAACGUGUCACGCAACAGCUGGGCCGCCUGCAGGCCGAAACGCAACUGGAGGAUGCGGCUUGGUCCUCUUUGCCCGAGGCGUGGCUGCACAAGAGCUAUGCCACCACCUUCAGCUAUGUGGGCAAGAAAAAGGCCAAACACGAGCAGCAACAUUCAGCCAUUCUGCGCCUUUAUGAAGCGCACGCCCCCCUCCUGCCCGACUCCAG